CCCCGCGCAUGCGCAGAGCGGCGGCGCAGCCUCGGCGGAGGGAUGCAGGCGGCCCUGGAGAUCACGGCACGGUACUGCCGUAGUGAGAUGGAGCAGUACGGGCAGUGUGUGGCUGCCAGCCCGGCCUCCUGGCAACGAGACUGUCACAGGCUGCGCCUCAGCAUGUCCCGCUGCGCCGCCGCGCACCCCAUCGUGCAGCAGAUCCGCCGUGACUGCGCCGAGCCGUUCGCCGCCUUCGAGCAGUGCCUGAAGGAGAACCAGGCCACCGUCACCAACUGCAGCGACCACGUCAACGCCUUCCUGCUCUGUGCAGACAGGGUGAAGCCCUCCACGUGAGGGGAGCCUCGGAGCUUAACAUUCACCUUCUGGAGGGAGUGGAAAGACUUUGUGUCCUCUGGAGUAUCGUUCCAAGGCUUGGUGGGGUUGGCUUUUGCCCUGUGACCUGGUCUGCUCGGUUGUGGUGACACUGUGCUGGUCUCCAGCCCACUGCUGGACUCUGACCGGGCUGCUGGAGCCUUCCUGAGCCGUUGGCACUUGUGUGCUGCCAGCGUUGGGUUUUGUCUGCUGAGCUGCCUCUGAACACUUGAUAAGUAAAUAAAUCACAGGACUGGGUUGAAGUGACACUAAAGGAUCAGCAGCAACCUGCAGAUGUGCUUGGGUAAGGGCUGAAAGCUAAAGACAACCCCUUGGUGCUCCUCAUCAGUUCCUUUGGUAAUUAGGCACUGUAUUUUCCUUUCAUCCCACUAAUAAAAGACCCAAAGCCGGUUCUGGCUUUUCCUCACUGCCAGUGGCAGCUGCUCUCAGA